UUAUUUUUCAUCAGUUUGAAAUGCCACCACGAAUCAGCCCCCUUAAGGAUGCCAUGCAUCAUGUUGUUUCAAAAACUGACAAAACAUUCAAAUUAGAUGUGAAGUAUAUCAAUGCAGUGAAAGGACGUGGUCUAUUUGCAAAGGCUGCCUUUUGCAAAGGUGAUUUUGUUGUUGAGUACAGGGGAGAUAUGAUAAAUGAAGCAGAACUUCAGAGGAGAAGAAAACGUUACCACGCAUCCUGUGCUGCAUUUAUGUUUGAUUUCAAGUGGCGAGGGAAAACAUGGUGUAUUGACGCGUCAAGGGAAGAUGGAUCGUAUGGGCGUAUCGCUAAUGAUUGCCACAAUCAUCCAAAUUGUAAGAUGAAAAAAAUUGACGUCAAUGGAAAGCCUCACCUUUGUCUGUUUGCCCUGAAUGACAUUAAAGAAGGAGAAGAAAUUGCCUAUGAUUAUGGGGGAGAAGACUACCCAUGGAGAACACAAAUGACCAGCGUUGCUGUUAAUACCAGCACAGUGAAUGACUCUGAUCCUUCUCUCCAGUCAGUGACUCAGAUGGAUGAAGAAUCUGCUCAAAUCAACUCUCCUCAACAGAUUGUGAUACAGCACCGAAAUGAAAAUGACAUUUUUGUACCAAGACUGAGACGGACUAAAAGUAUUGUG